UUUCUAUUAAACACAACGUUGCAGGACGUCUCCUUUGUUCACCACGCUCCGAUCUCUGCUCUCCCUGAGGCCAAUUUGUACAGCCCUGAAAAUGCCCAAGAGAGGGAAGAAGGAAGAAGUUUGUGCUGCUGAGCCCCAGGAGGAUGGGAAUGAACCGGAAGUUAAGAAGGGGAAGAAGGGAGCAGGGAAGGCUGCAAAAGAGCCAGAACCAGUUGUUUUGUAUGAAGAUGCACCAGACAAUGUAACCUCAGCUGAUGGCAAAAAGUACACACUGAAGAUCAGCUCCUGGAACGUUGAUGGAAUCAGGGCCUGGAUCAAAAAGCAGGGAUUGAAUUGGGUGCGAGAGGAGGACCCACACAUCAUGUGUCUCCAGGAAAUAAAAUGUGCAGAGAAAUUGCUGCCUCCAGAUGUUAAGGAUAUGCCAGAAUACCCCCACAAAUACUGGGCAUGCCCUGAUGAAAAGGAGGGGUACAGUGGAGUGGCCAUGCUCUGCAAGGACAAGCCAUUAAAUGUCACAUAUGGUAUUGGAAUUGAAGAACAUGAUAAGGAAGGUCGUGUGAUAACAGCAGAGUUCGACUCCUUUUUUGUAAUUGCUGCUUAUAUCCCCAAUUCGAGCCGUGGCCUAGUGCGUUUAGAUUAUCGCCAGCGCUGGGAUGUGGAUUUCCGUGCCUACCUAAAGGGAUUAGACAGCAAGAAGCCAUUAAUACUGUGUGGUGAUCUGAAUGUGGCGCACCAGGAGAUUGACCUAAAGAACCCCAAGACAAACAAGAAGACCCCUGGUUUCACCCCACAGGAACGCCAAGGCUUUGGAGAACUGUUGGCUGAGGGCUACCUGGACAGCUUCCGAGAGCUGUACCCUGAUAAGCCAAGUGCAUACACAUUCUGGACAUAUAUGAUGAAUGCCCGGGCUAAGAAUGUUGGUUGGAGGCUGGAUUAUUUUGUGCUGUCUAAAGCAUUACGCCCAGCUUUAUGUGAUUGCAAGAUCAGGAGCAAAGUAAUGGGCAGUGACCAUUGUCCAAUAACACUCUUGAUGGCCAUAUAAAAUAAAUGAUUAAAAGAAAAUUACAAGCUGAUCCUGUAUGCAAGAGGAUUUUGUAAUAUACAUAAAAUGCUCAAUCCAAAAUAUUUUAGAUUCAUUUGCUUCUUUAAAAAUAGAAUCUUUCUGGGUUGGCAUAAUUUGGAUUUUUUUUCAAUUCAUUGCUUUUCUGACUAGAGAACUGUUUAUAAUAAUGUAUUGGGCUAUUGUAAACCAUAGCAGGAAUUUGCUAUGUACAAUGGGAGACCACUUUGUUUUAGUCACAACACAUCGACUAGAUAGGUUUCAUUUUGUUAAGCAUCUGAAAAUGUAUCUUUUAUGCAUAUUACAGAAUCCUUGUUUACCUAGAAGCUUUCUGUAGUCUUAGAUUAUUUUUAAUCAUUCAACCUAAAACACUAUAUAGCCAUAGAAUAUGACUAUAUAAAUUAUAUACACUGUAGUGAUUGACAUCUCUUCAACACAGCCCUAUAUGACAAAACUGCUAUUUUUUUGUGGUGCUAACAAUCCGUAAAACCAUAUAUACCCACAUGUUCCAUUUGGGAGUGUUAGGGCAUAACUGUACUAAAUGACAAUAUUUGGUGCUUGAAAAAUGCCCAUAGCGAUGCAAUUUUGAAACUUGUUUUCAGGUCAUAAGAAUGCAUGGAAUUUGCCACUCCUGUAACAUAUUUACCUUAACCUUAGAAGUUGUAUGUACCUUUAAGGGAGGAAUUGUGAGAUUGUAACUUUUUACCUGUUGUUGAACUAUAUUUUUGGGGAUUGUAGUUCAACAAUGGCUGAAAAGAGGUUGAUGAUCCCUGCCAUAAGGGGAUGCACAUAUGCUACAUUCAUGUGAUACUCCGUAUAGUUAUAUAAAGAAAAUGCGGGCUCCUUAGCUGUAAGAAACGAUACAGUUGUAAAAGAAAAUACUAAUAGGUGCUAGUUCUGUAUGUGCUUUGACACUGUAAGAUGUUACAUAUUUCUGACAUUUAUUAAAAAAUGUUUUAUAAUCCA